AUGCCUUUGGUGCUAAAAAACCUGUACACUAGAGUUGAUGAUGCCUCAAAAAAUUUUCGUACAUGUGUUAGGACUUACAACAACACAUUUGCUUUUACUUCGCUUGGCAUUCAUCAGUAUGACAAAGAUCUUUGUAAGCGUAAUAAAGGCAUAUAUACGUUCAAAGUUCAAGGGCAAAUGUAUCAUUUUAUCAAUAACUUAUUACCUGAUGGUUGUCCGCCGCGCAAUUUACAACUCUAUUUUUAUGACACUGAUCAUGAAAUUAAAAAUCGAGUUGAAAGUGUUGCUAGAUUGGAAGAGAACAUUGUCAGAGCUUUGAUAGAAGUCAUGUCUUACAAUCCAUACACAAAUUUCUUUAGAAGUCUUAAGGAUGUUGUUCACUCGGAUGACUUUAGUAUUUUGUUGAACUCUUCAUCUUCAUUCGAUCAAAGACUUUAUAAUUCGCCAACUGCCUCUCAAGUUGCUGCUGUAUGGAUUGAAGACUACGAUGGAGUUGGGAAUAAUAGGGUAUAUGCACAUUGUGGUCGGUCACAAAAUAUCCAAUACUAUUAUGGUUGUUACGAUCCAUUACAAUACCCUUUGUUAUUCCCAUUUGGUGAUGUUGGAUGGCACGAGGGUAUUCAAAGAGCCUUGCAAUCGAGGAAUUUACAACCUCUUGGUUAUGUAAAUUCUUUAUCUAUUAAUGCAAACACACAAUCAUCUGUUGAUGAUCUAAUUCGAGCAGAGGAAGCGGUGUUUCGAGAAGGCCUCGUUGAUAGCGUUGGAAUUAGGUCUGAAAACUUUCAAGGCCUCGUUGAUAGCGUUGGAACGGGUGCUGAAAACUUUCAAGGCCUCGUUGAUAGCGUUGGAACGGGUGCUGUGUUUGGUAAUGAGGUCGGACGCAGAGUUAUUUUGCCAUCGUCAUUCAUUGGGGGUCCUAGAGAUAUGCGUGGUCGAUAUAUGGAUGCAAUGUCGCUUGUCCAAAACUUUGGAAAACCUGAUAUGUUUUUAACCAUGACAUGUAACCCUAAUUGGCCUGAAAUUAAAGGCCUCUUGCAAUACAAUGACGAUGCACAAAAUAGGCCAGACUUGAUUGCGAGAGUAUUCCACGCAAAAAUGCAAGAACUUAAGAAUGAUAUUACAAAGAAACAAUUUUUUGGUUAA